AUGCUUUUCAAAUCACCCUCAAUCCUCGCUCUGGCAACAGCUUUGACAACACUCAUCCCGGUGAUCUCGGCAAAAGGUAGCGGUGCUACCUCAAACAACAGAAGGGAUGAUCAGGAUAACAAGGACGGUAAAGGCAAAUCAUACCCAUCUUACAGCUACAAUUUCGAUUAUCUCUUCACGAUCACUUAUGCGUUCGGUCAACCAUCUCCUAUAAUCUACCAAACAGGGAUCACCGAGAACAUCAACAGUUUUGUCGGUGGUACACUCGAGGGUCCAGCUUUCAACGGCCAUAUCACCAAAGGUGUGAUCACCAACAAAUUCGUCCCAUACUACGAUACCUCUAUCGUUUUUGAGGAAGCAACAUGGUAUGGUUAUUUCGAUAAUGGUGAUAAAGGGAAUGGUACUUUUAUCGCCGAGACGUCUGGUUUGGUUGAUUUCGAAGCACACGAACAACAAAGAGUUAAACUCACUGUGACUCCCGGUGAUUACGACUGGCUACAGUACAGUUACAUCCUUUGUGGAUCGAUCGCAUUCGACUUGAGAACAGCCUUAGCCAGACAAGAUUGCUUUAGAACUUAUUACGGAGAGAAAGUCGCUCUGCCCCCUGUCUUCCCUUGA